ACUUCGAUUUAACACAUAUUCAAAAAAAGAAACAUCAAUUAGAAAACUAAACACCGUUGCUGAAAUUAAACAGGAGGUCGAUGAAAUUGACAAAGAUUGUUUUUUUGUGUCUGAGGUAGAAAAUGAAGAAUACCAGGAGUUAGCAGACAUCAAGGACGACGAUGUGCAACUUCAUUACAUCAAGCACAAAAGGACACAUACUGGUGAGAGGCCUUUUCAAUGCGAGAUAUGUAAGAAGACAUUUUCACAUUCUGGAACUCUAAGUAAGCACAGAAGGUCACAUACUGAUGAGAGGCCUUUUCAAUGUGAGAUAUGUAAGAAGACAUUUUCACAAUUAGGAAAUCAUAAAAAGCAUAUAAUGAAGACACAUACUGGCGAGAAACCUUUUCAAUGUGAUAUAUGUAAGAACUCAUUUUCACUUUCGGGACUCCUAAAACGACACAAAAGGACACAUACUGGCGAGAAAUCUUUUCAAUGUGAGAUAUGUAAGAAGGCAUUUUCACAUUCUGGACUCCUAAAACGACACAAAAGGACACAUACUGGCGAGAAACCUUUUCAAUGUGACAUAUGCAAGAAGUCAUUUUCACGUGAUGGAACUCUUAUAAUUCACAAAAGGACACAUACUGGUGAAAGGCCUUUUCAAUGUGAGAUGUGUAAAAAGACAUUUUCACGAUCUGGAGAAUUAAAAAAGCACAAAAAGACACACACAGGCGAGAGGCUUUUUCAGUGUGAGAUAUGCAAGAAGACAUUUUCACGGUCUGGAAAUCUUAAAACACACAAAAUGACACAUACUGGUGAGAGGCCCUUUCAAUAUGAGAUAUGUAAGAAGACAUUUUCACAUGAUGGAACUCUUAGAAUUCACAAAAGGACACAUACUGGUGAAAGGCCUUUUCAAUGUGAGAUGUGUAAGAAGACAUUUUCACAUUCUGGAGAUUUAAAAAAGCAUAAAAGGACACACACAGGCGAGAGGCCCUUUCAAUGUGACAUAUGCAAGAAGUCAUUUUCACGUGAUGGAACUCUUAGAAUUCACAAAAGGACACAUACUGUUGAGAGGCCUUUUCAAUCAUAA